AUUACCCGCCCCUCCCUCCGGUAGGCGUGGCUUUUAGAUUAUGACGUGAGGCCAUCCAUAGGUGCGCUCUGCGCUGUUUGUCUGCAGCUUGAUUGGAUGGUUCAGGCAUUUUGCUCCGCAAUAUUUGCAUCAAGAAAAUGUGGACUUCCCCUAAAAUUGAAGAGCAGAGGAGAACAUUUCCUGAUUAAACCGAAAGCAGGUGUGACACUGCGUACAGCUGUGAACAGAUAUCACUGUCCGUUUCCAGGAACAACCUAAAAGAAAAGCAAUGGAAUCUUUUCCAGACUGCUGUCCACAUCUUAGUAUGCCUGUAGAGACAGAUGAAUCUAUGACAUCAUCAUCUCUCAAUCUGGCUUGGCCUGCAUGCCAGCAGUGUGAAUCACAGAACCUUACGGAGGCUGGCAGAAGUGGAGUGCCUCGUCCAGAGAUGUGUGUUCAUGAUGCAAGUAGAGUGCAUUACCUAGAUCGUGGCUAUGGGCUUCAACCUGAAGAUUUAAGGGUCAGUACGUUCAGAAAACAGUCCAUAAGUGAUUCACAUCCACCAGAAAGUCCUGCAGGCCUGCCCAGUUUCUACUUGCCUCAAAGUCCAAGACAGCACCUUCAGAUAGACCGUAGAUCCCAUAUAGAAGACCUGAGUGAACAUUUUUCAAGAGUCAACCUUCACCGUCACUGCAAUUCCACUGUGUUGUAUUCACACACCCAAAAGUCUGUGACUGAGGAUGAGGAAAGUAUUGAAAAGCCGCGUCCUCUCCGUACUGACCAGGGGGACGAUUUCUGCAGGUUUCCUUCAUCAAAAAAGGCCGGAUUUUACGGUGAGUGCCCACCAGAACGGGUUUUAUAUCACUGGCAUGGACAAUCUGCACAUUACCCACAGCCCAACUAUCCGCUGCAUCAGCCCCUACCUGGGUAUUAUGUUCAGAAUAGGCACAUAUCUAGAGAACCAGCCAUUGCGAACCCCCCUCAAGGUACAUCCGGUCAGAGCACAGCACCUAUGAGAGAGCUCAUGUCAGAAGUUUGUGUCCAGCCAUCCCAAGCAUCUGCUGUUGGCCACCCUCAAACACUAAGGCGUAACAUCAGUCUUCCUGACAUCUGCAGAGACCUAUUCAUUACAUACUCUAUGGACAUUGCAACAGAGCUGAUGCCCUUCGUGAGCUUUUUGAUCAAUCAAGGAUUCAGACCAGCUAUCGAUAUAUUUGAAGACCGAGUUAGACAAAUGGACAUCAACAAAUGGAUGGACAGUUUCUUAAAAAAUAUUCAAAAUGAAUUCAUUCUGCAGAGAUGUUUGAACUUCAGACUGGUACCAGUGCUUUUUCCCAAUGCAAACCAGACUCACGUUCCUCUGUGGCUGCAGAGCACUCGUCUGUACCGAUGGCCGGAAGAUUCAAAGGACCUAUUACUGCGUUUGCUUAGAGAAGAGAAAUACAUUGUCCCUCCACUGGGCAAAGAGCUGACGCUCACUAUCAAGCCCCUAUAACAAAUAAUCUGCAUAUUUCACCAUAACCUGCAUGAAGAUCCAGCAAUACUGAUGUAGAUGCACAGUAUAGUCAGAUAAUAAGAGCAAGUCAUUUUUAACUUUAAUGCAGUUUCAGUCUUAAACCCGACUGGAGAUCAUUGUGACAACUACAUUUUACGGGAUUUCUGAUUGAGAAAUGUAGAUAAGUUAGUAGUUUACUAUAUGAUACUUUUACAGUUUCAUUUACAAUAUAGAUGGUUGCAUGAUUAGAUUUCUGCCUGUGAUUUUAUCAGUCUUGUAAGUAAAAGAAAAAAAAAAAAA